AUGCUUCCCUGGGGUACUCCAGAAGUUACAUUUGCUGCUUUAGAUUUUUUAUCAUUUAUGACUACAAUUUGUUCUCGAUUAGCUAAAUACGAUUUAAACCAUUCAAGUACACACCGGCCACGGCUGCUCUAGCUAGUUUUUCCAUCAAAAUUCUGUGGCCUACUCUGUCGAAAGCCUUAGUAAAAUCAAAAGCGAUACCAACUGCUAAUUUCUUACUUUCUAAAAGUUUUGCUUAUUCAAUAGUAACAUGCAGCAGAGCAUCUACGGUCGAAGAAUGAGGUCAAAAACCAUACUGUACAUGCGAGAAAAAACACGUUUUAUUCAAAUAAUUUAAUAGUGGUCUAUGUAUCAGCAUUUCAAAAACUUUUCUUAAAUUUGACAACAAAGAUAUUGGACAAUAAUUAGAGCAUGGAGUACGCGAUCCUUUUUUGUGGAUGGCUAUAAUUAAUGCUUUUUUCCGUAUUUCGGGAAAAAUUCCCUGCUGAACUGAAAAUUGAAAGAGAUGAUGCAACAGUGGUGACACAACAUCAAUACAUAACUUUAAGAAUUGUACGUGAAUUCCAUCUAUUCCUACUGACUGCUUAUUUUUUAGUUGUUUGAUCAUAUUACGUAGUAACAUCCGCAAUUGUAAAAGAAAUAGAAGUUAAGUUGUUUUGUGAAGAGUUUUGUUGGUUAGUAGUAACAGUGUUAGUAACAGCAGAAGAAGCAACUAGCAAAAAAUUUAGAAAACAUUUCUGCUUUACCAUUAUCCGUACACACAUUAACGUUUCCGUUCACUAAUUUACUAGGAUAAUCAAGAAAACCUUUACGAUAUUUACUUAAACUUUUCCAAAAAAGUUUCGAAUCUGAAAAUUGUGCUUUGAUUUUAUAAAAAUAACGAAAUUUAUCUCUGCGUAUUGAGUUUAGAACCUUAUUUCACAUUCUUUUAUAUUCGAUCGUUAGCAAAAGCGUUUGUUGACGUUUCAUUUUGUGAAAUUUUUUGUUUUUGUCUCGAACUAAUUUUCUUGUUGUUUUAGACGGCUUAAAACUAGGUCUGUUUUUCAAACGUACUUUUUUCAACGGUACACAAGCUUCUAUAGAAGUAGAAAAAUGGUCCAAAAGUAUUUCCGUUUUUUCAUUUACAUCGUUAGAAAGAUAAAAUUUGUUGUCUAUUCCAGAAACCAUUCUAUGCAGUGAAUUUAUAUCGCAAUUUUCAUAAUCUAAUCGAAAUCCUUUCAUUCACACUCUAUUUGAAAAUUAAAUUGUGCUUCUAGCAAAAAAUGUAGUGAUUUACCUAUUUCAGGGUGAGUUUUUGUACUUGGUUCAUCCCGUUCUUUCGUAUAAAAUAUAUUAUCGAUUUUUGUAUUUUUAUGAGUGGUGCAACAUUUAAAAGCACUUGUCAAAGAAAAUGUUUGAAGUAUUUGUUUAAAACCGUUCGGAGGAUUUGCCGUAUUUAUAUUGAAAUCACCUGAUAAAAUUAGAACAUCUUUCUUUAUAUUUUCAAGAAAAAACUUGAACAGAUUAUCAUUGUAGAUUUUUUGAGACGAUAGACGACGAUAAACAUUACAAAAAAGAACAUUCUAUUUCAUGCAACAUAGCCAUAGUUUAGUUAGAUGUAGCAACAAGAGAAUGUUGGAUUUCUUGACUUAUAUAAGUCACUUGUGAUUUAAUUAUUAAAAUCAUUCCUAUACAAUAAGUAUCGUGGAAUAGAAAUUUCUUGAUCAGAAAUAGAGCUAUCUGUGAAACUUUCCAGAAUUGAAAUAUUCCCAGUUUUUUCCUUAAGACCAUAGAUUUCAACUCGUCGAUGUAUUUUGGGAGGCUUUGUAACUUAUAUUAUGUGAAAAUAUUUUUAAAAAAGUUUUUGUUAUUGGAAGUAGUGAAGUGAGAGGGAAAGAUGAAUUCACCAACAAGUCAUCCGAACGUGCCUCUGCUGGUCAUAAACAACUAGAAAAACUAUCAUAUAUUACAUGACAACUAAACAAUUUUGGAUGUAGUCCAUCUUUUAACGGGAAAGCGACAAUUGGUCGAACGACACUUGGCCGAACGACAAUUGGUCGCAGACAACUGGUCGAAGCGACAACUGGGCUCUACGACAAUUAGUCGCACGGUAGAAUUGGUCGCAUGCAUAACAUUAACUAAAAAGGAAUUUUGGUCAAUAUGCCGUCUUAUGGGCUUAUCAGG